UACAUACACACUUGAAGCACGAGCAGCCUCUCAGUUGCAGCCAAGCCAGCUGUGGAGUGAGAGAACAGUGUGUGUGCAGCUGGGAGCAGGCGUCAGCAGAAUGGAUCCAAACAGCGAAAUUGACAUGCAUCAAAGUGGACAUUUGGAUGAGGUGAUUUUACAACCAAUGGAUUAUGUGAAGAAAAAAACACUCCAGAAAUACAAGAUCAUCUGUGGUGUUCUGCUAAGUGCUUUGGUGGUUGUAUCUCUGGGACUAGGUCUGGGACUGGGAUUAAACCGUGGAGCCCAGGAGCAAGUCAGCUGCAGGCACAAAUGCAACGAGCCCUAUCGGAAAGAGGUGGCAGGCUGCCAGUGUGAUAGCGGCUGCAAGGAGCGUCAGGACUGCUGCUGGGACUAUGAAGAUGCCUGCGUGGAGCCAACUCGAUCCUGGAGUUGCACUAAUUUCCGUUGUGGUGAGACAAGAUUACCUGGAAGUUAUUGUUCUUGUUCUGAUGACUGUCUGCAGGAAAAUGACUGCUGUGUAAACUACAAUACUGUUUGCAAAGGUGAAAUACCUUGGGUAGAAGAACCAUGUAUUUCACUUGAAACUCCUCAGUGUCCAGCUGGAUUUGAUCUGCCACCACUUAUCCUUUUCUCAAUGGAUGGUUUUAGAGCAGAAUAUCUGCAAACUUGGAGUUCUUUGCUGCCAAAUAUUGAAAAACUCAAAACAUGUGGCACACAUUCAAAAUACAUGAGAGCUGCUUACCCCACAAAAACAUUUCCAAACCACUAUACUAUUGUCACAGGAUUGUAUCCAGAAUCUCAUGGUAUUAUUGAUAACAACAUGUAUGAUGUAGAUUUAAACCAGCAUUUCUCACUUUCAAGCACAGAAAAAUUUCAGCCUUCAUGGUGGAAGGGUCAGCCAAUAUGGCUGACAGCAAUGUACCAAGGUCUGAAAGCAGGCACCUUCUUCUGGCCAGGCUCUGAUGUUCCAAUUAAUGGAACAUACCCCAACUUUUUCUAUUUAUACAAUGGUUCAGUUACGUAUGAAGAGAGAAUUUCAGGAAUACUAAAAUGGCUUGAUAAAACCAAAUCUGAGAGGCCUGAUUUCUACACUUUGUAUAUCGAAGAACCAGAUUCUUCUGGACACUCAUUUGGACCAGUUAGUGGUGGUGUAAUCAAAGCUUUACAGCUAGCAGAUCAAACGCUGGGAAUGCUAAUGGAGGGGCUUAAACAGAGAAACCUACACAACUGUGUAAACCUCAUUGUUUUAGCUGAUCAUGGGAUGGAUAUGACCUACUGCAGCCAAUUAGAAUACAUGACUGAUUACUUCAAUGAGAUUAAUUUCUACAUAUAUGCUGGGCCUGCAGCUCGCAUUCGAGCAAGAGUCGUUCCGCAGAACUAUUAUACUUUUGACUCAGAAGGAAUUGUUAAAAACCUCACAUGCAAAAGGUCACCUCAACAUUUUAAGCCUUAUCUGACACCUAACUUACCAAAACGAUUCCAUUAUGCUAACAACAUUCGUAUUGAUAAAGUUCAUCUUUUGGUGGAUCGACAGUGGCUGGCUGUGAGGGACAACAGUUACACAUUUUGUGAUCAGGGUAACCAUGGUUAUGACAAUGAAUUUAAAAGUAUGGAGGCUAUAUUCCUAGGAUAUGGCCCAAGCUUUAAAGAAAAAACAGAAGUGGAUGCUUUUGAAAACAUAGAGGUUUACAACCUUAUGUGUGAUCUGCUGCAUAUUACACCAGCACCAAACAAUGGCACACAUGGUAGCUUAAAUCAUCUGCUAAAAAAACCUUUUUACAGCCCUUCAUAUGCAAAAGAAGAGUCAUCUCCUGUUUCAUGUCCGGUUUCCCAUCUGACUCCAAUAGAUGAACUGGGAUGCACAUGCAGGGGUGUGACAAAUGCUUCAGUAAUUAAUGAGAGGUUAAAUCUCACCACAGAUGAAAUAAAGAAUGCAACUUCAUAUAAUUUGCCAUAUGGAAGACCUCAAGUUCUUCAGAAGGAAAAUAUCUACUGCCUCCUUCCCCAUCAUCAGUAUGUGAGUGGAUACAGUCAUGAUAUCUGGAUGCCACUAUGGACUGCAUACACUGUGACUAAGCCUGAAAGCACAUCUUCUCUUCCUCCCACUGUUUCAGACUGUCUGCGGGCUGAUGUUAGAAUCCCCGUUGCUCAUAGCCAAAAUUGUUCCAACUACCCAGAAGGGCUGGACUUGACCUAUGGUUUCCUCUACCCUCCCAAUUUCAAUUCAUCUGCACUUGAACAAUAUGAUGCCUUACUCACCAGCAAUAUUGUUCCCAUGUAUAGAGCUUUUAGAGACAUAUGGGACUAUUUCCAUGACGUACUUCUUCAGAAGUAUGCUAAAGAAAGGAAUGGAGUAAAUGUUAUGAGUGGACCAGUGUUCGAUUACAAUUAUGAUGGCCAUUUUGAUACUCUUGAUGAAAUUACACAGCAUGUAAACAACACACAAAUCCCUGUCCCAACCCAUUACUUUGUGAUUCUGACCAGCUGCAAGAACACGUCCUAUACUCCACUGAACUGUAUAGGCUCCUUGGAUGCCUUGUCCUUCAUCAUUCCUCAUCGACCUGACAAUACUGAAAGCUGUGCUGAUAACAGGUCGCCUUCUGAAUGGGUUGAAGAAAGAGUUCAGGCCCAUUCCUCUCGUGUUCGGGAUGUGGAGCUGCUAACUGGACUUGACUUUUACCAGGAAAGACAGGAAUCUGUCUCCGAGAUCUUACAGCUGAAGACAUUUUUGCCGACAUUUGAGACUGAAAUCAACUGAAUUUCUGUUUAAAAAGUGCCAUUAUUUGGAAGGAAGAAAAUCAAAGUGAUUUAACUUUUACCUUAGUAAAUAUGAGGGAAAUGUAACUACAGCACCUCAUCAAGAAAAGACACAAUGCACAGCCAAUUUCUUUCCUUUUUUUUUUUCACAUUCCUGUUCUUUCAGACAAGUGUUUUGUAUAAACUGAAUAAAAAUUAACUGAAGUUACUUAAGUCAUCUUGCUAAGCCAAAUUUUCAAAAUAGAGAAUAUUUUAAUGUUAAUGAAUGGUGAAAAAAACCCCCAACAACCCAAUGCCUGUAGCAUGAACAUGUGUAACAUGUGUCAUUAUUUAGCCACAUUUUCUAAACAGAUAGAAUUUUAAUGGUUUGAAAAACAACAACAAAAAACUGUAACAGGAACAUAUUUUAUGGUAGUAAUGCCAGAAUCAUCAACUGUGUAGAAAAUGUUCCUAUAAUAGAAUUGGAAAAUGAAACACUUUGGGAGGAAUUUUUGUGUUUUUUUCCUUGAGUUUAUCAGUGAAGUUAAGGUUAUCUCGUGCUUGUAUGCUCUGGAAUGUUCUGAAUUGCUUUUUCUCAUCUAUUAAUCCACAUGGAUACUGCCAUGUACUUAAAAAACAUUCAGACUGACACAAAGUCUAUAUGUAAUGAAAAUAUCUUCUAUGAUCAUCCGCUGCCUUUUCCACUCAUGUUAGUAAGUGGAAUUACACUAGUAAGAGCUGAAGUGAAAUUAGUGCAAUUGAUCUGUGCAUUCUUUACCCUUUAGAAAUCUUAAAGAACAAGAAAAGGUAAAAGAAAUGCUCUGGCCAGAAGGGUUUUAUCUGGAUGUCUAUCUGUAUUUACAAUUUACUAUCUGUAUUUACAGAGUAGACUUCCAAGCAAUAACAAGAUAUUUGUGUUUAUUUUUAAAGAGUUAAAUCUGAGACUAGAGCACAAAAUUAUGGUGACAUGCAACAAAUAAUCAUUGUUCCUUUCUGCAGUGACAUUAUGGAUAGAGAAUCUCUACCUCAGACUGCAAUGUGCACAAAUUAAUGCUGUGUGAUAGUAAAUGGAACAAGGCAGUGGAAAUUCCCAGAUCCUGCUAUUACAGAAUUACUUGCAUUUUGAGCUAAUUUUCUUCACUGAAAGUGCUGCUAAAUACAGGUGUGAGUAACAGUAUGUGAUUGACCAUUUGUCUGAUUUAUAGGCUCAAUGGGGCAGUUUUAAAGAAACAUGUUAAGAGUGUUUCAAUUUGUAAUUAAUUCUAGACUGAAUAUGUAUCCUUAAAAGAAGUUUUAGAAGCCAAUAAAAAAAAAAAAAUAAUAAUAAUAUGUCAA